AUGGAAGUGCCUAUAUCUAAAGAAGAAAAAGAAAGAAAUUCAGUUGAAAAUAUGUUGAAAAAAACUAAUGAACAAUAUAAUGACAAUGUUGAUUAUCAAUCUUUUAAAAAAUAUAAUCAGUAUAAUAAACAUUUUUCUAUAAUUAAUAUUAUAUUUAAUAAAGAAAAAGAAAAAGAUGAUAUUAUUGGUUAUUAUUGUAUUUAUCAAUAUGAUUAUAUUCAUAUUAAACUUGAACAUUAUUUAUCAAAUCGAACAUGGAAAAUAAAUUGUCAACAAUCAAAUUAUGAACAAUAUAAAAGUCUUAAUAUUUUAUUAGAAGAUCUUAAUAAUAAUCAAAAUAUUUUUCUUUCUCUUGAUCAACAAAUUCAAAUAAUUAUUCAAAGAUUUGAUCAUUAUUUUCAUGAAUUAAAUCAAAGAGAAAAAAACGAAGAAAAUAUAGCUAAAACAUCAUCAUUUUCAGUAUUGAAACAAGAUGAUCAAUUAGAAAAUUUUCAUCAUCAAUCAAAUGAAUUAUUAAUAAAUAAUAAUAUAUCUAAACCAUCAACAAUUACAGAAGUUGAUGAAGUACUAAAUGAUUUACCUAUUCAACCAUCAUUAUAUAAAUCUAAUCAAAUAUUCAAUUGUUUAACGAAACAAAUUAAACUCGAUCGAAUUCAUCAAGAUAGUUCUUCUAGUUCAAUCAAUAGUCUCAAAUAUACUCAGUAA